AUGAUCUUCAGAAAAGUAGGAGAAGAGGCGUUGUAUGUGAACCCUGCAGACUGCUACAGCAUCCACUGGCCCGUCUGCAGGGGACACCUGAACAUCCACAGCGGGCCGGGCGGCUCUCUCACCGCUGCGCUGGCGGACCUGGAGACCAUCUGGUCUCACGCUCUACAGAAACUUCUAGAAAUCCCGCUGAAGGAUCUGAAGUAUUACAGAUGCAUCCUUCUGAUCCCAGACAUCUGUAACAGGCAGCACGUGAAGGAAGUUGUCAACAUGCUGCUGGUUAAAAUGGGCUUCUCAGCUGUGGUGGUGCAUCAGGAGUCGGUGUGUGUGACCUUUGGCAGCGGUCUGAGCAGUGCGUGUGUGGUGGAUGUUGGCGACCAGAAGACCAGCGUGUGCUGCGUCGAGGACGGCGUGUCCCACCGCAGCUCCAGGUUGUGUCUUGCGUACGGAGGCUCGGAUGUGACGCGGUGUUUUUUCUGGCUCAUGCAGAGAGCUGGAUUUCCCUAUAGAGAAUGUCAACUCAGCAGCAAACUGGACUGUAUGUUACUGCAGCAGCUCAAAGAGUCCUUCUGCCAUCUGGAUCAGGAUAUUUCUGGGCUGCAAGAUCACGAGUUUCGCACACGUUUCCCUGAUUCCCCAGUGCUGCUGUAUCAGCUACGAUUAGGAGAUGAGAAACUCCAGGCUCCCAUGGCAUUAUUCUACCCUGCUGCGUUUGGGAUAGUGGGGCAGAAGAUGACAUCGCUGCUGCAUCGCUCUCAAGGAGACGCAGAGGAUCCACAUGAUGAGCACUUCCUCCUGACCACACAGAGCAAACAAGACCAGUCUUCUAAAGCCACGACAGACCGCAAAUUAUUCCCUAAGCCUGCUGGGUUUGAGGGGGAAUCCAACAUGUGCGACCCAUCGGAGAAGGGAAAUCUGACUCAGGAUUUGGAUUUGAGUCACGCUCAAGCCGAGUGCCUCGUCGGUGGGGCGGAUGCAGAAGAAACAUCGUCAGCUCUGUUGUCCCGGAAGACGGCCAUGACUCAGUUUGAGGGAAAAGCACUUGGCGUGGAUAAAGCCAUCUUACACAGCAUUGACUCCUGCGCCUCAGAUGAAACGAAGCGUAAGAUGUACAGCUGUAUUCUGGUAGUUGGUGGCGGGCUGCUGUUUCUCGGAGCACAAGAGUUUCUGCAGCAUCGCGUCCUCCAUAAGAUGCCUCCAUCUUUCCGUCGUCUGGUGGAGAACGUCGAUGUCAUCACACGACCAAAGGACAUGGAUCCUCGUGUGAUAGCGUGGAAGGGUGGAGCAGUGCUGGCGUGUUUGGACACCACUCAGGAGCUCUGGAUUCACCAGCGAGAGUGGCAGCGCUUCGGUGUGCGGAUGCUCCGUGAGCGGGCCACCUUUGUCUGGUGAUCCCAGACGACACGAGCCAUGCCUUCAUGGAUCUAAUCUGUUUCCUUCUUAUGUUUGGGACAUGUCAAUCUGGCAGUGUAAUGAUAUAAACAAUGUAAAGGUUGAACAAUCAUCUUGCAAAUAAUUUGUUUAGGAUGAUAAUAAUAACCAUAGUAGAUGUUUAUGAAUAAACAGUGGCAGUUUUUCAU